AUGCCCGUGAACCUGCAGGAGGUCAAGGUGGAGAAAUCCACCUCGGCACAGAAGGGUGGCAAGCAAUCGGAGGAGAAGAAGGUUGUUCCCAAGCCCCCGGAGAAACCACUCCCUGCAGCCACUGGGCAGAAAACCGACACUCAGGACAAGGGCAAGAAGAAGGCGCCGCCGGAGGAACCUUCAGAGCCUAAGUCAGCAGUCAAGGAGAAGCGGGGUAAGAGGCCUGUUCCGGCGGGAGAAAAAGCGGAAACAGAGCACGAGAAGGAGGGCACGGCGGUGGUGGACGCCCCGCCAACCAAGAAGGCAAAGAAGAGGCCAAGGGGCAGCAAGCCACGGGAAGCCGGAGGCGGAAGCCGAAACCAAGGAGAACCCUGGGAAUACCUCGGGGGACCCCUUCCGGGAGCCUUCAACCACAACGACCCCGACCUGCAGGCGGCACAAGCGCGAGUGGCGGGCCUGGAGAAGGAAGACUGGGUGGUGCGGUUCGACGAGGUCUUCAAGACGGUGCCCACCACGGAGGAUCCGUUCUACCAACGUGAGGCGGACCGGCGGGAGUUUCCUGCCCUGGUGGACCAGUCCCCCGACUACUAUCGGGACGAGUACCGGGGCCUCCUCAUUUUCGCCCUAUCCCAUGCCUCCCCUGAGCGCCGGGAAUCCCUCAUCGACCCCAUAUGGGCGCGCGGGAGGGUGGUAGAGAUCGCGUAUGCGAAGCGGGCGGGCUUUGCGGAGGAGAACAGCGCCACUCACCGCCGGCCAUGGUACUCCUACGCAGGUGACGACUUCGACCCGGCCGCCGAAGCAGCAGCUGGGCGCCCGACAGUGCCGCCGGAGAAGGAAGUAGCAGUCGGGGAGGACCCAGUCUGGAAGCGGUGGCUGGACGAGGCCGGAGCGCCGCGUGCGGCCGACUACCCCAAGUUCUCCACCGUUCCCUACCCCGCCUCUUACGAGGCGCAAACCCGAUGGUUCUGGAAGGAAGGGGGACCGUUCGUCUAUGGACUUCCGCCCGCUGGGAACAGGUUUCCCUCGGAGUCCCAGGUCCGUGAGCAGAUCGCCCUCAACAUCGCCCUGGAGCGCGUCGCAGGCCUGGAGUGGAGCGGAAACGCGCACCCCCAGAAGCUGAGCCAGCUGCAAGUGCUCCUCCGGCGGGAGGCCAACACCUACUACCUGGGAUGGCGACCUCCCAUUGGGCACAAGGAAGACAUGUACGACGGGCAGCUCAUGAACGACACGAUGGCCCUCGGAGGAUGGGGAGCGGUGAGUAACGACGUGCCGGGGGAAGAGCCGGACGAAGGGGUGGAGCGGGCCCCGUGGCCGCCGGAGGGGGAACCGGAACGUAAACCGAGCCCGUCCGAGGAGGAGCAGCCGGAAGGGACCAAGGAGCCCAACCCACCGGCGGAAACCGGGCCGGAGGAAGGGGGCCUAACGCAGACGGCCGGAGGACGAGCCCCCAGCCCGCCUGCCGAAAUCCCACCCCCGGCUAGCUCAGGGAAAGGCCCAGCGGACACGGCGGGUGAGGGGCGCAAACAGCGCCCCACACGGAAGACGGGGGGAAAGCCCGCCGCGAAGGCGGUUGCGCCAUUGGAGGCGGCAGCACUCCUGGGCGGGGAGGACCAGCAUGGUUACUCCACCCCCCCUGAAGACUUUGAAGAGGGGGCCGCACAAGGACAAAAUGGGAAGGUGCGAUCACCCUCUUCCUCGUAUAUGGGAGUCUUCUCUGAGCUUCCUGACUUCGUUCAACACCCGGAUACGGAAGCCGCCCAUAUUCUUCUCUUUUUUUCUGAACGGAGUUUUGGGCCGGCCGGAGCAGUGAGCAGCGGACACACCGUCCCCAGCUUCGGACCGACGGCUGACCCCGCAGCCGUGGAGGCCUUCAUGGCCAACGUUGAGGACCCGGGCCUGCAGACGGUCCAUGUGGGGCCCAGUUCCUCUCCACUGGCGCCGCCACCGCCGCCACCCCCGCCUCCAGCGCCCGCCAAACCGCCGGCGCCAGAAGGAACACCCUUAGCCCCGGGGAAGCCUACCGGGGAACGGACGGGCAGUAACGGCGAGGGCCACGAAGCCGGCGGGAAGGGAGACAGCCCGGGAGACAGGGGAAAAGAUCUAGGAGGGGGCGGGGCUUUAGCGUCGGGGACAGACGUCGCUCCAGAAGUCCCUCUGGCGGUCCCCUCAGGCUCAGCCGUCUUUGACGCAGCGCCUGCCGGGUCCUGCAAUGUCGAAAAUCGGAUGGUGCCAUGGGAACAGGAGGCGACUAUCCGUCGCACACCUGGCGCCCAAACCCCGCCCUCCUCCCCGGAACCCGGUGAGGAAGAACUGAGGAAGAGGCAGUACGGGAUUCCCCCGCCGGACGAGCACCCGGGAGUUCAGCCCCAGCGGGACCCCAAGGAUGACGACCCGGGGUCUGGGCCCGGUCACCCUUCAGGGGGGUCCGGGCCAAGUGUGGAACUUCCUCCGGCGGGCCGGGCAGCCCCUGCACAGAACGCCCCAGCCUCCCAACAUGGCAGCGCCGGCACCCCUCAGCCCACGGCGCCCGUCCACAGCACCGGCGCAAGCAUCGCCAUGCCGGUGGAAGCCUACUCAGCCAUGUGCCCCUGCAACCUCGACCCCAUCCUGGAGCUGUUGGAGCCGGCGGCACGGGCAACACUGGUGGAGAAGGUACGCAACCUACCAGCGUACCGCGGGAACCGGGCGCGCGAGCGCGUGCGCGCCCCCAUCUUCCACAACACGAGGAGCGAGGUGUUGAUCAACGGCAAGCCCCUGCGUGGGGUCGCCAUCCUCGACACCGGCGCCAUGCCCCUCCUCGUCGGCAAACCCGGGGUAGCCCAGCUCGGCCUCACAGACGAUGACGUCAUCAAGGACGCCGUGCGCCUGGGCUUGGCUGACGACAAAGUGUCGGCGAUGUUCGGCGUCACACGCGAGCCCCUGGUGUUCCGGUUCAACCCCGGGACAAAAACCGACACCGUCCUGAAGGUACGCGCGGUCAUCACGGCCGCACCGUACGACUUUCUGGUGGGCAAUGUCGUCCUCUGGACUUUGGGCGGCAUUGUCGAUGCCUGGCGAGAGCAGUUCCGGUACCGGCUCCAUUGGCGGGAAGGGCCACAGGGCGCCGGAAAUACCGAAGGCUUCAUACCCAUCCGGUAUGAGCGAGAAACCGGGGCACGGCACAUGCCCCAAGUAUUCUACAACUCCAUGCUCCUCCGCCAGGGGGGGGUAGACAGAUGGAGAGUGUACGGGCCGCAGCGGGCCCCCACCCCACUGGAAAGCCUGCCGGAUUUAGUUUCGGAGGAUGAGAGCGGGGUAGUUUCUUCGGCGGGGAGCAUCCCAGACCUGAACGAGCUGCCAGACUUCCUCGAGAUGGCCAGCCCUGACAGUAGCCGGAGCAGCACGCCCGACAGCCUGCCCGACUUAGAACCCGUCGGGCAGAUGGAGCUGGAGCGGCUGGGGGACCCAGCGCCGGUAGUGGCGGUGGAGCAUGAAGGGUGGCAUGGGGUUUACUACAGGGACGACCCCGACUUCCGCUUCGUGGCCCCAUACCCAAUGGACGAGCGGUGGAUCUGGUGGUUGGAGUACAUCGCGACGGGCCAAGUUGGGCGCUCCGCGGUGAGCCGCUCUAACUGGGACGAGGAGAGGGCGCGACUUCACCGGCUUGCAACGGACUUGGAGGACUCUCUGUUUGGGCAGUGGAAGUUGCCGGAGUGGCAUCCCGAGAUGGUUCAGCGCCGUCGGGAGCUGGCCCAAAUCUACACCCUCAUCCUGGUGUACUUGGCGUGGCUGGACUUUCACAACGAGGAGUUCGCGGUGAUGGAGUCAGUGCGCAGUUGGGAGGCCCAGCUACACCAGGCGUUAGACUGGAGUGUACGGGAAAGGAGGGCCUUAAGGCUAGAGGACAUGGUGCAGGUCUGCCCUAGGGCGGCGCGCUUGGGCCUCAGUGGUGGAGAAGCUGACUCCACCGCACGACGUUUGGAGCAGGUUAUGGCGAACGGCGCUGCGCAGCGCCACAACUCGGUGCACGUGCGGAACAUCGUGACGUGCCUCCGGCGCCAGACCCGCAACGACAUGCAGCACUCGGUGGACACUCCGCGGUACCUGCUGGCGCGCCCUGGCCUGGUGGUCAGCAGGGAAGAACGACGGGGCUUCCAGCCGGCGUUCAAGCGGACCCUGGUCAGUUGCCACACCCACCUCUCUAAGCUACUUGCGGGCAUCCCUGAUCCGGCGGGACCAGUUGACCCCCAGGAGGUGGCACACAGAGAGUUGGUGCAUGGGGUGUCACCCCUGUGGGGUAGCCUAGAGGGCUACCCUCCUCCGGCGCUCAACUACAUGCGUCGGCAGGAUGAGUGGGGGCGGCCGGAGCCACCCCCGGGCUGGGACUACCGACUGCAGACCAGCCACAUCUACUACCGCGAGCUGUACGAGUUCCUGGCUGUCCAUCCUCGCUCCCUGGAGGAGCAGUUCUGGAUGGAGCGCAACUGGGAACGGAUCGGGAACUUCCGAAACAGGGAUUUCCCCCAGAUGGACGAUCUCCUUCUAAUGCAGAAUCAGCGCCGGAGGGAGCCCCCAGUGGUGGAGGUCGGGGAGGACGAGAUAGCUCCGGUGGCCGAGGCGGAUCCCGACGCCCUGGAGGACGGGGUCCCUCCGGCCGCCGACGCACCCUGGGACGGCCUUCCCCAGGGCCUGCUUACGCAACCGCCGGUGGGCCAGGAGCUGAGCGUUAUCGGCAGCCGCACCGCCUACUACCGGGAGACGGUGGGGCUCAACAGCGUCCCCACGUUCAGCCCCAUCUUUGCGGAGGGCCUGUACAUCACCGUCAUGCUGCUCUUCGGCGGCAUUGGCGCGGAGUUGAAGGGCCUCCUGCGGGCGGGCCUCUACAUCAAGCGGCUGUUCUACGUGGAGAACGACCCGGGGGCGCGCAUCGCCUUCGGCACCAGGCUGCGGGAUCUGCACCACCGAUACCCGGAGCAGCUGGGCCCCCAGGCGUUCCACACCACGCAGUCUUCCAUGCCGUGGGACAUCCGGGAGGUGGGCGAGCGGGAGCUUCGGCGGGCCGUCGGCUCCGAGUGCCAAGACCCCAUCAAUCUGGUAACUAUCUCCUCCCCCUGCCAAGGCUUCUCCCGCGCCAACCGCCAAGCUUUGGGGUUGGAAGAUGAUCGGUCAGGCCUGAUCGUUGAGGCUUGGCGCAUCUUGGACACGCUUCAGCAAAUCCAACGUCCAUGGGGGUUUGACGUGGGCUUCAUCUUCGAGAUGGUCGACGCAAGUGACCACCCCUCUCCACCCGCGCGGUGGGGGUUUGAGCAGCUGGACGCCAUCUGCGGGGGACAACCAGGGCAGGGAAUUCUGAUUGACGCGGCUAAGUUGGGUUCUGCGGCUCACAGGGUGCGCACCUUCUGGACUAACUUAGCGCCGGGACCCCUGAUUCAGGCUCGCUACGACGAGUACGAUUGCGGUCAAGCGAUGAACAAGGUUGAAGCCAGGGACGUGCUGGAGCCCUUCCUCACGGUGCAGAGUGCCCUGGAGGACGACCCAAGGGUUCGGGGUUACUUUCCGAUGAACGUCGCCGGUGAGCCAAUCCGCGUCUUCCCCACCCUCGUCGCAACGCCUGGUUCAUACGCCUUCCGUUUCCAGGGGCCUGAUCGCCCCGGGCCUGGCAUGAGAUACGACCGCAACAAGCGGGAGUGGGAUGAGCCCAACGCCAACGAACGAGAGCGGAUAAUGGGCCUCAUUCCAGGGUCAACCGCGGCACCAGGGUUGACCGAAGCCAACCGCCGGAGGCGGGUCAUCCUCAACAAAACCGCCACAGGCCAACUCAGCUGGCGCGCCGCCGGAGCGUCUACACGCAGCUGGGGGGGGGGGCAGAAGGGGAAAAACGGUAAAAACGGUAGGAGCCCGGAAAUUUCAGAGAACGGAUCAGUGCGGGGAGAGGCCACAUCGGCUGCGGAAGGAGAAGGAGAGAGGGGCCGGGGGUCCCUAGGGCGAGUUGCAGUCUCUGGAAGACGGGCGGCGCCGGAGGAAGGCGCAGGAGGAGAGCCCACCAAGGGCUCGCAAGAGCAACGCCGGGAGCCUGACCCGGUCAACAACAAGGCUGAAGGAAAGGACGGUAAGGGGAGUGGCCUAGAGGGGCUGCGGUCACUUGCCGAAGGAGGAAGAGAGAUAGUGCCAAAGCUGCAGGCGCAAGCGGCAGGGAAGGCACCGGCAGAGAAAGGGGCGAGCCAAUUCGGAGCAAAGGGGUCGGAGAAACCGUUUGAGUGGGGUGACGAGCAGAUUUGGCCGGGGCUACAGCCGGAGCAACGGGAGGCAGUCAAGGAACUCUUGGAGGAGAUGUCGGAUGUGUUCGCCUGGUCCAUCUACGACCUCAGCGACACAGCGAUCGACGGGGUGGAAUUCGAGGUGGAGUUUACGGACGACAAACCCAUCUGGAGCCCCCGCCGACGGUACUCCCCCUACGAGACGGAGCUGUUAAAGGCCUACGUUGAGGAGCGGCUGGCUGCCAAGCUGAUCGCGCCGUUGAAGCUGCCGCCGGGGGUCAAAGAGCCCUUCGUGGCAGCGACGGUCAUGCCCCGCAAGAAGGACGCCGAAGGAAACUGGACCGAGCGGCGCAUGUGCGGGGACUACCGGCCCCACAACGACAAAACCGUCCCCGACAAAUACCCCAUGCCGGUGGCCGACGAGCUGUUUGACGACCUGGGGGGGAGCGACUGCUUUUCCACCCUGGACCUGCGGAUGGGCUACCAUCAAAUCCGCAUCAGGGAGGGGGACGAGUGGAAGCUGGCGUUCUGGGGGCACGACGACAUCUACAUGCCCCUGCGGACCCCCUUCGGGCCCAAGAACGCGCCGGCGCUGUUCCAGCGGCUGAUGGACCGGGUCCUGCGGCAGCUGCGGAAGGUGGCGCGCGCUUUCAUCGACGACAUCAGCGUCCAUGCGCGUGGCUUCACCGACCACCUGGCGGCGCUGCGGGCCGUGUUCCAGGAGCUACGGCGGCACAACAUCAAGUCGGUCUCAAACCCCGGAGCGGUCAAAGUGGAGGCCAUUCAGCGCAUCCCCUACCCCACCAGUGUGACGGCGGUUAAGCAGUUCCUGGGCAUAGUGAACUACUACCGGAAGUUCCUAAAGGGGUGUAGCGCAGUGGCACGGCCGCUAAACGACUUGCUAAAAAAGGAUGUGGAUUUCCUAGGAGACCUGCUGGAGGAGUGCAAGACGGCGGUGGAUUCCCCGAAGACGAUGCUGACAAGCGCGCCACUUCUGGUGAGACCCGACCCCUCCCGUGACUACGAGUUGCACACAGACUGGAGUGCCGCUGGGUGCGGUGCCAUUCUGCAACAGCGAGAUGAUGCUGGGGAGGAGAGAGUGGUUGCUUAUGCCAGCCGGAGCAACAACCGGGCAGAAAGUAACUAUAGCAGUUACGCCGGAGAAUGCUUGGCGGCAGUCUGGGGUGUGAGGUACUUCCGAGUGUACUUGUAUGGACGGAAGUUCAUCCUCUACACUGAUCAUCGGCCACUUGAGUGGCUCAUGACAAGCCCAAACUUAACCGGCAUGCACGCAAGAUGGGCGUUGAUGCUGCAGGAAUUCGAGUUCGAGGUCAAGUACCGCAAGGGCCUCAUCAACAUGAACGCCGAUGGCCUGAGCCGGAGCCCUCUGCCCGAGACCGACGACUUAACCGGCGCCCGAGUCCACGAGGAUCCUCCGGCGGCCGGGGAGGAAGCGGCUGGGGGGGGGACAAGACCAUCGGCCUUGCUAGCCUGGCAGGCCAGCGAGGCCACAGAACCUCGAGAGGGGGCCGAGCCCCUGAGUAUGGAAGAAGCCGGGGGGGAGGUCUACGAGCCGGGAACCCACGACUACGAGAACCUGCCGUCGGAACUCCCCAUCCCGGGCCCCAGCGACUACGGAGCGGUGGACACAAACCUCCCUGUUCCGGCGGACGGCGAUCUGGGGGGGAACCAGGCGCGCGCGCGCACAGACAUCUGGGAAGACGCGCACACCCUCGAGUUCCUUAACACCGGCCGGCUCCGCGAAACCUGGGGUAAGCCGGAGGAACGACGGGUUCGCGCCCGGGCAGCGUCCUACCGGUUCGCCAGCGGGGUAACGUUCCACAGACUCCAGGAGGGGGUUGAAACAGAAACCGCAUCCAAGGACGUCCUCCUCCGCCGUCUGGCAGGGGGGGAAGAGCGCGUUGUGCCAGAACCGUCGGAGCGGUUGAAUGUGGUUCGGAAAAUCCACGACUACACGGGCCACUGGGGGGAGAAGCGCACGGCGCAGCUCCUCCGGCGAGCAUACUGGUGGCCGGGGAUGUACGACACGGUGAGCCACGGCGUCUCCAGCUGCCCACAGUGCGAACGCACCAAAGCGAGCCUCAACGUCAAGAUGUCGGGGAUGCAGAGUCUACCAAUCAUGGGGCAAGGCUACCGGUGGAGUCUCGACUUCGCGGGCCCGCUGCUGAUGACGCGGACAAAGAAGCGGUUCGUCUUGGUCAUCGUCGAGCACUUCUCCAAAUGGUGCGAGCUGGUGGCCCUGCCGAGCAAACACUCAGCAAAGGUGGCAGAGGUUUUCCUUGGCAUACUAACACGAUUUGGGGCAUGCGCAGAAGUCCUCACGGACAACGGGAAGGAGUUCGAGGGGGAGUUCGACACCCUCUGCCAGAAGCUCUACCUCGACCACCGGACUACAUCGCGCUACCACCCCCAGGCCAACGGGCUGACGGAGCGGUUGGUCUACUCCAUCAUCCAAGGGGUAACCAAAAUCGGCACCGACGCCGACCGGCGCAACUGGGAUGAGUGGCUGCCCUACCUCGCCAUGGGGUACCGGAUGAGUCCCCAAACCGCCCUCAACGGCUACUCCCCUUACUACCUCCUCUACGGCCGGCAUCCCAUGCUCACCGGCGAGGCGGUUAAACAACUGAAACGAGACCAACGACGGUACGAACACGUCCGGAAGACGAGGUUCCAGCCGAAGUUUGAAGUCGGGGACUUGGUCUACCUCCGGCGAGCUCCUCUGGACAAGACGGACGUCGCGGUGACGCGGGGGGCUUACAAAGUCUACCAAGUGGGGGCCAACGGGCGGUUGGUGUUGCAGGGGGCAGACGGAACCCUGUUCAAAGAGCACCUGGAGAACUGCGCGCCGUGCCAUAACCCCAACAUCGACACCGCGGUCGAUCCCACCCUAACCACGGUGACGGCGGGCCAUGUCUGUCAAGUGUGCAAGAGCCCAAACCGACAGGGAGCCAUGCUGUUGUGUGACUACUGUAUGGACGGGUACCACAUGGGGUGUUUGGAGCUGGCGGUCAAGGAAGUACCGGCCGGAGUAUGGUUGUGCCCCAGCUGCGCGGAAGGCGCGCAGCAAGGAUAA